UCACACACAGGCACAGGGGCAGGGGCGAGCGCACCGGAGCAUCUCAGCCCGGCACAGCAUCCCAGCCAGCCUGAGCGCCCCUCUGGUCCCCCGCCCCGAGCACCCUUAAAAAAAAAAGAAAACAAAAAAUAGAGGAAAAAAAAAAAGUUUUAAAAUAUCCCACCUCCCUUCUUGCUUUUAUUUUGUUGUUGUUGUUUGAGUUUUGUGGUUUGGUUUGUCAGGAGGUUCGGUUUGUUUUUUUUUUUUUUUUUUUUUCCCUGAUUUAGCGAUGGCAAAUUCCUUCACGGCCAGGAGCUGGCCGCCCAUCCCCUGAGCAAAGGCAGCCUGGACAUGAGCGGCAGGCGAGGGAGGAGGAAUUUGGAUUCCCUUCGGAGGCCGGGGGGAGCCAGCGCGGGCAGCGGGGCUGGGACCGCUCCCCGCGGCCACUGUCCCCCCGCGGGGAUGCGGCACCGCCAGCGCCGGGACCGAGCCCUGCUGCAAUGAGAUCUUGAUGUGAAGACCUCAAAAUAUCAGCAGAGCCUUUGCUUCAGUUGUAAUCUCAGUGUUAAUGAACAAAACUUGUCCAAAAUUAGGAGAGAAGAUGGCCGUCAACUGGAAGGUCUUCUUCUUCAGCCUCGUAUUGCUUCCUGUGGUUGCAGCAACCCAUUCCAACUGCAUCAUCAAAAAGGAGCAAGAGACUUGUCUGGAGAAGAUCCGGAGGGCGACGGCCCUGAACCCUCUCAAUGAUUCCUCUCCAGGUUGCCCAGGAAUGUGGGACAAUAUCACAUGCUGGAAACCUGCAAGUGUGGGAGAAAUUGUCUUUGUCAAGUGUCCUGCACUCUUCAGAUUUAUCAUCUCUGAAGAUGGUUGGGAAGUGGAUAAUUUGGGGCAAACUCAUGCAGGUGAUUAUGACCUGCUGGAAAGCACAGCCCAGUCUCUCCUAGGGGACAUCAGCAGGAAUUGCACUGAAGAUGGCUGGUCUGAACCUUUCCCUCAUUAUUACGAUGCCUGCGGCUUCGAUGAGAAUGAAACAGAGUCUGAUAACCAGGAUUACUACUAUCUCUCAGUGAAGGCUCUGUACACGGUGGGAUACAGCACUUCCCUGGUUUCCCUCACCACUGCCAUGGUCAUCCUGUGUCGCUUCAGGAAGCUUCACUGCACUCGGAAUUUCAUCCACAUGAACCUUUUUGUUUCGUUCAUCCUCCGUGCAAUAUCUGUGUUCAUCAAGGACGGGGUUCUUUAUGCUGAGCAGGAUGGAAACCACUGCUUCAUCUCCACGGUGGAAUGCAAAGCAGUGAUGGUGUUUUUUCACUACUGCGUCAUGUCCAACUACUUCUGGCUGUUCAUCGAGGGCUUGUACCUCUUCACUUUGUUGGUGGAGACCUUCUUCCCAGAGAGGAGAUAUUUCUACUGGUACACAAUCAUUGGCUGGGGCACCCCAACAAUUUGUGUCACUGUCUGGGCAGUGCUGAGGCUCCACUUCGAUGACACUGGCUGCUGGGACAUGAAUGACAACACUGCCUUGUGGUGGGUGAUCAAGGGUCCCGUGGUUGGGUCCAUCAUGAUAAACUUUGUGCUUUUUAUUGGCAUAAUUGUGAUACUUGUGCAGAAACUCCAGUCACCUGACAUCGGGGGCAAUGAAUCCAGCAUUUACUUCACCCUCCCUCUUCCUCCCAGAUGCAGCUGCAGUCCCUGCCCAGGACACUUGCGCAGCUGCGUUCAGAAAUGCUACUGUAAGCCUAAGAGGGCUAACCAGCACUCUUGCAAGAUGUCAGAACUAUCAACCAUUACCCUGAGACUGGCUCGCUCCACCCUGCUGCUGAUCCCUUUGUUUGGAAUUCACUACACGGUGUUUGCCUUUUCUCCUGAGAAUGUCAGUAAGAGGGAGAGGCUGGUGUUCGAACUGGGACUGGGAUCCUUCCAGGGUUUUGUUGUUGCUGUUCUCUACUGCUUCUUGAAUGGGGAGUUUCUCCCUAAAGGUGCAAUCAGAAAUAAAGAGAAAAUGGAGGAGCUGGAAAGUCAACCGGUAUUUUGCUGUGGAUUUCAAACAUCGCCAUCCUUCUCUAGCGAGCAGCGGAGUGAACGGGGGGACACAACUCUCCAUUCUGAGCAAGAGCAGCUCUCAGAUUCGGAUGUCCAGCAUAAAUGCAGAGAACCUGGCGACAUGAGCAGCUGAGGAGAGCAAAGCAACCAACGAGCAAACCAAAAACCAUCCCUUGAAAAAGAAAAAAAUGAAAUAAUAGUUUUGGUGGUGGUGCAGGUCUCGUUUCCUUCCCUUUCCUGUUCCUUUCCCCUUUCCCUUUCCUUUCCUUUCCUUUCCUUUCCUUUCCUUUCCUUUCCUUUCC